AUGGCACGUGAGUGCUCGUCUCGUUCAAAGUUGGCAACAUUGGCGCAAGGGUUGUGCCAAGAAGAGGAGAGACGGGUCACUUGCAUGAAACGGCUAGACGCCGUGCAUGCUAAGGCCGAGACUCGUCAAGGCCGUCUUUACAUGGAGGCAUCGUUUGCAAACGGGUCUAGAUGGGGGCUGCUAGACAUGAGGCCCGACACGAAUUAUCUCACGGAAGAGGUAGCCCGUUCUCUUGGAGUCAAAUGGACACCUAGCAAAGGCCGUUUCAAGGGUGUGAAUGGCGAAUGGAUGGGUCUUUUGGGCGAAGCCAGGAACGUGCCUCUUAAAAUCGGCAAUUGGUCAGGUAAGGCUAAUUUCUCCGUUCCACCUAUGGAUGAUUACGGUCUUGUGUUUGGCAUGGAGCUUUUAGACCAGGUGAAGCCGAUCAUCGUGCCUAGUAAAGACACGAUGGUGAUCCUUCAAGGCGAGAAGCCUUGUGUGGUGAAGUUUAGGCGGGAAAACGAGAAUUAG